UCAGAGGGUCCCCAAACCCAGCUUGGGAGGAACCCAAGCCCAGCAUAGAGGGUGCUCAAGGGGAUCCCUAAACCCGGCUUACGGGAUCCCCAAGCCCAUCUCGGGGGGGGUCCCAAAAGGGUCCCUAAGCCCAGCUUUGAGGGCCCGCAAGUCCAACUCAGGAGGAUCUCAGGCCUGUGCCCUCUCCAGUGUCUUCUCUCACCCUCUCACCUGCCUGGGUUCCAGGUGUGGCCAUGGAGGGGUUGCAAGGGAGGGGCCACGACCCCAACUUUUCCCGGCGGAUCCCGGAGGAGCCUCCAGGGGAGGAGGAAGAAUCAGGGGAGGAAGAAUUUGGUGAAGAACGAGGGGAGGAGGAAGAAACUGGUGAAGAACCAGGUGAGGAAGAACUUGGUGAAGAACCAGGAGAGGAGGAAGAACCAGGAGAGGAAGAACCUGAUGAUGAACCAGGAGAGGAGGAACCAGGUGAGGAAGAACUUGAAGAACCAGGUGAUGAAGAACAUGGUGAGGAAGAGCUUGAUGAGGUCCCAGGUGAGGAAGAAGAACCAGGUGACGAAGAUCAGGAGGCCACUCAGGUGGCACCAGGAAGAGCCUCUUGCGCCCAGGUGAGGCCUCCAGGUGAGGCCUCAGCCCCUCCACUGCGCCAGCAGAAGCCCCGCCUGUACCUGAACCCCCGGCAGCCCCGCCCUGGCCAAGAUCACCUGGAGAGCCCCGAAGAACCUGGACCUUCCCAUGGGAACCACUUGCAGAUGCUGUGGGGUCGCCCGGGUGAGCUGGGCCACCAGGUGAGCCCAGGUGAGCUGAGCCCUGACGAACUGGGCCCAAAUGAGCUGGGCCACGCAGGUGAGCUGAGCCCGGACGAGCUGAUCCCAGGCGAGCUGGGCCCAGGCGAGCUGAGCCCCGGUGAGCCCAGCCAGGCCUUCGUGCAGCUCAUCGAUGAGCGUGGCGUCUACUCCACAGCCAAGCUGGUGCUGGGCGGCCGCGGUGGCGCCGGUGCCGUAACCCCCACGGGCGAGGUGGAGCGGGCGGAGCAGCCGGGCGAGGCACUGGCGCCACUGGAGAUCCGACGGGUGAUUGUGGCCGAGAAGCCCUUCCAGUGCCCCGUGUGCCACAAGGGCUUCAAGCGGGCGUGGGAGCUGCUGAGCCACGAGGUCGUGCACACCGAGGCGCGGCCCUUCACCUGCCAGGCCUGCGGGGCCACCUUCAAGCGCCACUCGGACUUCAAGAGCCACGGGCUGGUACACACGGAGGAGCGGCCGCACCGCUGCGACCUGUGCGGCAAGCGCUUCAAGCGCUCCUCCAACCUGCAGGAGCACCGGCGCAUCCACAGCGGGGAGCGCCCAUUUGCCUGUCCGCGCUGCCCCAAGGGCUUCAAGACGCCCUACGAGCGCCAGCGGCAUGCCCUGACCCACCUGGGCGCCGAGCGGCCCUUCCGCUGCGGCGACUGCGGCAAGGAGCUGGCAACGGGCGCGGCGCUGCAGCUGCACCGGCGGCAGCACUGCGAGGACAAGCCACACGCCUGCGGCGUCUGCGGCAAGAGGUUCACUUACGGGCACUCGCUGAAGGUGCACGAGCGGGUGCACACCGGCGACCGGCCCUUCACCUGCGGCCUCUGCGGGAAGGGCUUCAAGCAGAGCAACGCGCUGGCGUCGCACGAGCGGGUGCACACGGGCGAGCGGCCCUUUGCCUGCCGCACCUGCGGCAAGGCCUUCAAGCAGUCGUCCUACCUGGCCAUCCACCAGCGGGCGCACACGGGCGAGCGGCCCUACGGCUGCGAGGCCUGCGGCAAGGCCUUCGCCCGGCCCUCGCUACUGCUGCAGCACCGGCGCGUGCACAGCCAGGCCAGGCCCUACGAGUGCAGCUUCUGCCACAAGUUCUUCAAGGACCUAGCGUACCUGGGCGUGCAUGAGAAGGUGCACACGGGAGAGACGCCCUACAAGUGCGGGGUGUGUGCCAAGGGCUUCGCCCACCCCUCCAACCUGCUGCAGCACCAGCGUGUGCACAGGGACACCUGAGAGGGCAGAGCUGCCAGGAUGGGUGUGGGCCCCAAAAACCUGCUAUGGACCCCAAAAAAGCUGAUGGACCUGUGUUAAGGACACCUGAGGUAUAGGUGAGGGGAGCUGGGACAGGUGUGUGCCCCGA